AUGGCUCAAGAUAAAAGUAAAGAACCCAUCCCACCAAAUGGAUUUAUUGCUAAGUUUGAUGAAAAGUAUCUGACUUGGUAUUAUGUUAAUUUAGAUACUAAGAAGUCACAAUGGGAAGCACCUACUGGGACUAAGUUUAAUGAUGCACCAGAUGCACCACCACCAUCAUAUAAUGAAAAGCCUCAAGGUACAGGGGCAUCUAAUAAUUCUCAAAGAAGUUACCCACAGCAAGGAUAUGGGGCUGGAAAUCAACCAGGCUAUGGGGGACCUCAACAAGGAUAUGGUGGAUACCCUCAACAAUACCCACAACAAGGAUAUGGAGGAUAUCCUCAACAAUACCCUCAGCAAGGAUAUGGAGGUUACCCACAACAAUAUCAACAAUAUCCACAACAAAGACAAAGUAGAUUCGGAGGUGGAGGUGGAUCCAUGAUGGCACCAGCCAUGAUGGGUCUUGGUGCAGGGGCCUUAGGUUUUAUGGCAAUGGAUGGUAUUAUGGAUCAUCAACAAGAAGAUGCUUAUCAAGAUGGAUAUCAAGAUGGUAUGGAUAACGGAGGUGGUGAUUUUGGCGGGGGUGACUUCGGAGGUGGUGAUUUCUAG